AUGGGUGCAGGGAGGGCUGGCUUGUUCCUGGAGUUAGCCUGCUGCAUCUGUGGAGUAUCCCCACCAAUUGCUGUUAUUGCCGAGUGCCUCUUGAAGUCUCCAACACUGAUCUCCUUUCCUGUUGCUCUGUGGCCCCACCAGCUCUGGAGCGACGAGGUGGAAAAAGCAGAACAUGAGCUCCGGGUGGCUCAGACCGAGUUUGAUCGGCAGGCGGAAUUGACACGCCUCCUGCUGGAGGGGAUCAGCAGCACACAUGUGAAUCACCUUCGCUGUCUCCACGAGUUUGUAGAAUCUCAGGCCACCUACUACGCUCAGGGCUACCAGUACAUGCUGGACCUGCAGAAGCAGCUGGGCAGCUCCAAAGGAGAAAUAUUUCCAGGUACAUUUGUGGGCAAUGCAGAGUCCACAUCGCCUCCCCCAGCUACCACCUCUCCCACCACUGUUGCUGCCACAAUUCCUGUUGUGCCCACUGUAGGCAGGGCACCUAACUCUGCCACAGCUGUUGAGGGGGCACUGAACCUGAAGGAUGUCAAGCCUCCAGCCAGCGGGACCCGGAAGGCCAGAGUUCUCUAUGAUUAUGAAGCGGCUGACAGCAGCGAGCUGGCGCUAUUAGCAGAUGAGAUGAUCACAGUGUACAGCCUGCCAGGGAUGGAUCCAGACUGGCUCAUAGGCGAGAGGGGCAACCAGAAGGGCAAAGUUCCUGUCACCUACUUAGAACUGCUCAGUUAAAUGCUGCCGGGAAGGAGAAUCUACAAGCAAAAUGCAACCCUCCAUGUCCUGGCAUUUUUAAUGCCAAUUCCUUCAUGAGACCAUUGCUCUCUUCGGGUCAACUCACUCACAACUAACCUGGGAAUUGGGAGGAGGUGACUAGGCUGAUGGUGGGUGGGGAAGGAAGGGUCACUUCACCUUUCAAGGCCCCUGGAGCUGAAUUCAUUAACUGUCCAAAUAGCCUGCUUUGAGGGUUAGUUGUAAGGGUCAUGUGGUAUGUUGGGGUUCCCUCUACUGAUCCCUUUCCCCUGCUUGUGUUAACUGUGGUGGCUUUCCAGGAACCAGCCCUGUCUCUUCCUCAACAGCUGCUCGUGGUGUGAGACCAAAUGGAUUUUCUUCUUUCUCUUCUCAGAGGCUCUUUACCAGGGUACUCUUGCUUGGGCCACAUCAUUGUAUGCAUUCCAGUGGGGGCAAAGGCGCUGGGUCUCUUUCCAAAAUGCUAACACUGGCAUGUUCUAACAAUAGAGGCCAAGGCCAUGAGAAGCUGUAUGGAAUAUAGCUGUAUUUGGAUAGCAUGUCUCUGUAAAAAUGCAAUUCCCCAUGCACAGCACUCCUUUGCCCACAGAGGAACAAAGCAGGGCUACUAUAAUGGUGCUUAGUGGCUGCUGCCUGGCACAGAAUGGCUUGUUAAACUUUCUUCCAGUUUCACUAAUCUAAUGACCCAAGGCCAGUACUGAAAGAACAAACCACCUUUCAGUGCAAGGGAAUGUGCAUCUUGCUUGCAUUUCCUCCAAGCAAUGGGGCAUGGACUGAGUUUACAAGCCUUUAAAAAAGCUUUUGCUCCCUGUUGUUGUCCAGGCUCACUACUCUUCUUAGUGUUUUUUGUGGAGGGUGGGGUUUAUUCUGCUAGUCUGUUUUAACAAUCAGAUUAACUUAAAUGCUCUCUUGUCCCAUCCAGCUGGUAGUGAACAGACUUGGUGCAUUCUAGCACAGCAUGUGGGAUGGGUUCACAAUGAGCCUCUUACUACUUCAUAGGCCAAGCAGCCGUUAUUUGGUUCUGCUUUCUCAUCCCUCCUUUCAUUUUGCUGUCCCAUGUGCCCUUGUAACUUAAACCAUCACAAAUACUGAGGAGGCGAAUGGAUGAAGUAGUAAAGACACCUUGGUCUGAAAGCUCUCCCUAGGAGGUGACGUGCUCAACAGCUAAGGGAUUUAGAUGGCAAAAUGAAAUUGCUUUGGCAGCUCAAACCAUCUAGAAGCAUUCAACUGCACCAAGAUCUUUGUUCACUACCGCUCCCCUGGUGUGUCUAGACAGACACUGACUUGCUUGUUUAUCCACUGAUCUUUUGCACUCUGCCUUGACUGCUUUGUGACCAUCCUAAUGUAAUAGGGCACAGAGCACCUGUGUAUAUAGGGCUCUUGGUUUUUAGCAUUUAUUUGCCAAUAAACAACCAGUCUGCCCUCCUG